GCUUGGCUUGCCAACGGCUGGUUUCGCCGUUCGCCACGCUCGGCUCAAGGGCACUUAGCUUAAGCCUUCGAAGCUGGGUGAAGGUCUUGACGGGGCGGCGCCAUGUUUCCGGGGCAGGUAGAGGACAAGGCGGACCCCUUCGUCGCCAUCGAGGCACGGCUGGACCGCAUCUCGGAGCAAGUGGGCGCAUGCCUCGCGGAGGUGCUGAGCUGGCGCAAGAAGGACGAUGAUAGCCAUCUCUCUGUGCCGGCCUCUGAGAGUGGCAGGGUGGCUCCACCACACAUGGCGGCAUAUGCCCCCAAGGGCCGGUGCUUGGCCUUGUCCUCGCCCGUCUUCGGCUCCGAGAACGCUCGUGAGGAGGGCUACCCCUCAGAGGCCAAGACUUCUGAGCCAGAGCCCACCCCACGGUCUGUGCGCUCCGGGCGCUCCGGGCGCUCUGGAUCCCAGAACUCGCCUCAAAUCGGAAGGCGUCCGGAGCAUACGGUGAGGAACGUGGACUUGAAGCUCGCGUGGCAGAUCAGGGCGAAAGAGGCAAGAGAGGACGUUAGCGACGAGGAGACGCAGCCCAUGAUGCGGAUCCUCUACCGGAGUCGGCUGGACCAGCUGUGGGAGCUGCUGGAUGAUCCCAACUCCUCCCGGGCGGCCUGGGUGAUCUCGCAGUCUCUGAAGCUGAUUGUCAUCGCCAGCGUUGUCAUCACCAAUUUCCAGACGACCGAGGAGAUCACCAUAAACUCCAACUUGGCCGCUGUGAUGGAGUCUGUCUUCGAUGUGAUUUUCCUGGCAGAGUUCCUCUGCCGCUUCCUCUCGGCGCCCUCCAAAAGAGGAUACCUCUUGGACCCUAUCAACUUUCCAGAUUUUGUCUCCGCGCUGCCGUUCUUUUGGCGGGCAAGCGUUGGCUUUGUCAUCAUCAAAUCUGAACCGAUGGACAUGACGCAGGUGGUAUUGCUCUUCUUGCUGCCCCUAAUCCGCUUGCUGAAGCUCCUUAGAUAUUUCGAGUCCUUUCACCUCCUCAUCGACGCCUGUAAGAAUUCCGCGGAGGCCCUGCCGGUGCUGACCUACGUGAUGGCGGUGAUCACCUUGUUCUCCGCUACUGCAAUUUACUUGGGUGAAGCCAGGAGCAGCAUCCCGAGCAUGCAGCAUUCUCUGUGGUUGGCGAUUGUCACCAUGACCACCGUGGGCUAUGGCGACUUUUUUCCGCGAUCCCUGGCAGGGUACAUUACAGUGUCUUUCCUCACCGUUCUCAGCGUCCUUUUCUUAGCCUUGCCCGUGGGCAUCAUUGGCAAUGAGUUUACCGCCUGCUGGCAGAAGCGUGCCCGCGUGCUGCUCAUCACUCGCGCGCGGAAAUGCUUGGCAAAAUGGGGCUACACUGCCAAAGAUGUGAAGAUCCUCUUCGAUUUUGUGGACGUGAAUGGAGAUGGCCAACUGGAUGUUGUGGAGUUUAUGGAGCUUUUCCACCAGAUGAGGAUUGGCAUCGACAUGGCCAGUGCCGUGGACCUUUUCGAACUGUUCGACGACGACCAGAGCGGCUCCAUCGACUGCCAAGAGUUCUUGCGCCACGUGUUCCCGAAUGACCGGCCACAGAACGAGCGCAAAACGGAGGCCAUUGAAAUGUCUCGUGGCCGUGUAAGCAUGGCCUUGCACCGCCUGGAAGAGAUCAAGCAGACCGUGCAGUAGCGCGUGACGCCAGAACCUCCCACUCCUUUUCAGUUUAAGAAUGUCAGGCGUUACAG